CCAAUAGUCUCAAUUCUCGAUUGAAUUAUUACUCUAGAUUCUUAAGUGACGCGUAAUGUCUCUAGCGUCGCAUUUGGUUCCUCUCAGUGAUCCUCUAUCCUAGACCUUUGUAGCCCAUCAAUUAGAACCUAAUGCAAACCACAAAGAUUUACGGCCAAUAUAAUUUAGGUAUAGUAAAAUUCUACGAAGAGAAGGGCCUUCUUAUACAGGUAAUUACUCCGGCAUUUUCAUGCCGGAGACAGCAUCUACCUUGUUCCCGGAGCCACCAUGGUGCCCAUAUCCGAACAGUUGAGCCGUGUUAUCGACCAAUCGUCUGCCCCAUGGGUUGCAGACGCAACCCCCUUCUACAGCGUUAUUUCAAGAUGCAGCUAACACUGCAAGUGGCUCCAUACCGGUCAACCAUAUAGAGCGGGCGCAUUAUAAAUACUUUUAAUACCUUCAGGUUGUCGGGUUCCUAGGUCAAGGUGUAGGCCUCAGUUUUGCUUGAGCUUUCUUGCCGUUGCAGGAGCUUCACAUAAUGGUGAACUUAUUCGCGCUUUCACAGAGGCUACCUCUCUUAGCCUCCUGUGUUAUUGCUGCAGCUAGCUUCCCGUCGAUACCUUCUGACUUGACAACUCCGUUCCAGCAACGUCUUGCCAUCAACGGCCCUAAUGCCAUCUCUGUGGGCUGGAACACAUACCAGAAGAUAGACAAGCCUUGUGUCCAAUAUGGCACCUCUAGCAACACACUCACUUCUCAGGCUUGCUCGACUAACUCGGUCACUUAUGCAAGCUCACGGACGUAUGCCAACGUGGUAAUACUUACAGGAUUGUCGCCUGCCACUACAUACUAUUACAAGAUAGUAUCGACGAACUCUAGUGUCGAACAUUUCUUUAGCCCGCGGAUAGCCGGCGAUACGACCCCCUUUGCUAUGAACGCCGUAAUAGAUCUAGGUGUCUAUGGUGCAGAUGGAUACACCAUUCAAAUGGAUGAGGCCAAGCGGGAUACAAUUCCGCAUAUUGACCCAUCAUUGAAUCAUACAACUAUUAACCAACUGGCUAAUACGGUCGAUGAUUACGAAUUCAUCGUCCACCCUGGAGACUUCGCAUAUGCUGAUGACUGGAUAUUAAAACCUAAGAAUCUCUUGAAUGGCGAAGAAGCCUUUCAGGCUAUCCUAGAACAGUUUUACGAUCAACUGUCCCCGAUAUCUGGCCGUAAAGCCUACAUGGCCAGCCCUGGGAAUCACGAAGCCGCCUGUCAAGAAAUCCCCUAUACGACGGGAUUAUGUCCUGCAGGGCAGAAGAACUUCACCGACUUCAUGAACCGAUUUGGGGAUACAAUGGCAACCGCGUUCCCGUCAACCUCCGCUACUGAAGCUGCUAAGAUCAACGCCAAUAAGGCACAGCUGCUGGCAAACCCGCCUUUCUGGUAUUCGUUCGAGUAUGGCAUGCUCCACUUUGUCAUGCUCAACACCGAGACGGAUUUUGACGACGCGCCAGACGGAAAGGGGGGUUCCGCGAACCUUAACAGCGGCCCCUUCGGUGCCCCCGACCAACAGCUUCAGUUUCUCGAGGCGGACCUCGCCUCUGUAGACCGCACCGUAACACCUUGGCUCGUUAUCGGAGGUCAUCGGCCGUGGUACACUACCGGAGGUGACGGCUGCACGCCGUGCCAAACCGCAUUUGAGCCGCUACUCUAUAAGUACGGCGUUGAUUUAGCUAUAUUCGGCCAUGUUCACAACUCUCAGCGUUUCCAGCCCGCCUACAAUAAUACCGCAGACCCCAAAGGCAUGAAUGAUCCUGCAGCACCCAUGUACAUCGUGGCGGGUGGCGCGGGAAAUAUCGAGGGUCUCAGCGCAGUGGGAAGCAAUGUCUCGUUCAACUCUUUUGCCUAUGCCGAUGAUUUCAGCUAUGCUAAGAUAAGCUUUUUGGAUGUUAAUAACCUUCAGGUCGACUUCAUCAAGUCUGAUACUGGUGAGGUGCUGGAUACUUCUGUUUUGCAUAAGUCGCACAAACAGCAAUUCGUUGUCCAAUGAGUGCGAUGUAAUUUAUACAACGCCCAAUUGGAUGACAUUCCCAUCCACCGAGUUACCAAAUGUGCCUGUCUGCCUGUGAGCAUCAUCUACUAAGUUGUUACAACGGCUUAUGCAAGGGAAUAUCCCGAUUCUAAAGACUUCGAGAACUAUACACUUAUCAAACUAACUAUUUCGUCCCUUUCCAACCAAGCCUUGCCUAUGAAAUAAAUCGGCUAGAAAAGAGGUUUAAAAUAUAAUACCCUAAUGAGGAUUAUUCGUUA